CUAAACACCCGCAAGCUUAUACAAAAAAAAAACACACAACUACCCCAAUCACAAUGGCUGCCGUCCUCCGUCUGGGCUCAGAGGCCCCCAACUUCAAGGCCGAGACCACCCAGGGUCCCAUUGACUUCCACGAGUUCAUUGGCAACGACUGGGUCGUCUUCUUCUCCCACCCCGAGGACUUCACCCCCGUCUGCACCACCGAGCUGGGCGCCUUUGCCAAGCUGCAGCCCGAGUUCACCAAGCGUGGCGUCAAGCUGAUUGGCCUCUCUGCCAACACCGUCGACUCUCACCACACCUGGAUCUCCGACAUCAAGGAGGUCACUGGCGGCCAUGUCACUUUCCCCAUCAUUGGUGACAAGUCUCGCCAGGUUUCCCUGCUCUACGACAUGAUCGACCACCAGGACGCCACCAACGUCGACGAAAAGGGCAUCGCCUUCACCAUCCGCUCCGUCUUCUUCAUCGACCCCAAGAAGAAGAUCCGCACCAUCCUCUCCUACCCUGCCUCCACCGGCCGCAACGCCGCCGAGGUCCUCCGCAUCGUCGACUCCCUCCAGACCGGCGACAAGUACCGCGUCACCACCCCCAUUGACUGGCAGCCCGGCCAGGACGUCAUCGUCGCCCCCGUCAUCAAGGACGACGAGGCUAGGAAGCUGUUCCCCAACUUCAAGACCAUCAAGCCUUACCUGCGCAUGACUGCCCUGCCUGAGCGCCUCAAUGUUUCGUCACCUUCUCAAACUCCCACAAGGGAAGGAUUGACUCCACGGAGCAAUGGCUCUGUAUCAGCAGGCAUGUCGCCUGCAAUCGGGCAGCCUCAAGCGCAAACCCCAUCUGCCGGUACCCCAGUUGGCGGCCCUUCGCAAGGGUCUUCAGCGCAUCUAUCGGGCUUAAUGUGCAACGUACACAGGACGACUGGACAGGAGCCCCCGCCGCUUGUAGGAGCUACGACAACUAUUCUGGGCGAUAGCCUGUAUGUGUUUGGCGGCAGGAUCCUUUCUCGAAGCCGCCCCGCGCCUCUUACCUCUGACCUCUACGAGCUGGACCUCAUACGCCGGCAUUGGACGAGACUCGCAGUGUCUGGCGACAUUCCGCCUCCGCGAUACUUCCAUUCCAUGUGCCCUCUCGGCGGCACCAAGAUGGUUUGCUACGGUGGCAUGUCUCCCGCGCCCAAUCAGCCCAUGGGAGCCGAUCAGCAACAGCCCGAAGUUACCGUCAUGUCCGACAUUCACAUCUACGACGCCCCGACAAAGACAUGGUCUUACGUGCCGGCACAAGAUCCCCCUCAGGGACGCUAUGCCCACUGCGCCACCAUUCUCUCUUCAUCGGCCACAUUUUCCUCAAAGGCCGCCCCUCUUUCUGCUCUCCAGCACAACCCAUCCAACGGCAACCCCAACGAAGGCCGUAUUGGCAUCAACAUUGACGGAUCUGGAGGCGCUCAGUUGAUUGUUGUCGGUGGACAGGAUGGCGCGAACCACUACAUUGAACAAAUCAGCGUAUUCAAUCUCCGAAGCCUCAAGUGGACGACGAACCAGCCUUUGGGCAAGAGCUGCGGCGCCUAUAGGAGUGUCGCCGCGUCUUUGCCCCCGGCGGUAAGCGCAAGGAUUGGAAUGAACGCCCAGAAUGGCCAGCAGCGUACCGAGAGCACUGCCGGCCAAGAACCCGGGUCAUCUAUGCUCAUCUACUCCAACUAUAAUUUCUUGGAUGUCAAGUUGGAGCUGCAGAUCAGGGGUCCCGAUGGAACUUUAACCGAAAGGGCCAUGUCGGGAACUUAUUCUCCGCCUGGCCUUCGCUUCCCCAAUGGUGGUGUCAUUGAUACUCAUUUUGUGGUCAGCGGUACAUAUCUCACGUCAUCGAAGCAGGAAUAUGCGCUCUGGGCCCUGGAUCUUCGAUCUCUCACCUGGAGUCGGAUCGACGCCGGAGGCAGCGUCUUCAGCCAAGGCAGCUGGAACAGAGGUGUUUUGUGGAAUCGACGAAAUACAUUUGUCAUUCUGGGCAACAGGAAGAGGAGCCUGGUUGACGACUACAACCACCGCCGUAUCAACUUUUCCAACGUCUGCAUGGUAGAGCUUGAGGCCUUUGGCUUCUACGAUAACCCGCGCAAGGUGGACCCCAUGUCGGGCUUCGUCUCGGCUAGCAGCCCGUACUCUGGGAUGAACCUAAGCCUUGCGCGCAAAGCUGGUGCUACUGCCGGCGGCCGAUUCCACUCUCGGGCAAGCGAAGAUCUGGGAGAGAAGAUACUGGCGUUCCGGGAGCUGUCCGACAUGGACAUCCUGUGCAUUGGCGGGGAGCGGAUACCAGUCAACUCUCGAAUUGUUGCCCGCAGAUGGGGCCCAUACUUUGUCCAGCUCCUGCGAGAAGGCACAGCUACGCAAGACGGAAGUGAUGCUGUAACACUGCGAUCUGGUCUAUCUAGCAAUCCACUGCGGGCAUCGGCCUUGACCAUUACGCCGAAUAAUAGGAACUUCGACGACUCAGCGACGCUGGUAGGGUCCAUUGGCGGAUCUGUCUCGGGACCAUCUGGUCUCUCAGGACCUAUCCAUCACGGAGGAGGCGGCGCAGCGCACAGCAACGGAGAUGAAGCGGCGGCGGCUGUUAACACAGCGCCAACACCACGCAGUCUGAUGCCUAGCUCAAGGCCUCGAUGCCUUUACCUACCGCACACGUACUUGACCAUUCAAUCCUUGCUGCACUUUUUGUACACUAGCUCUCUACCUUCACCCGCCUCUUCACUGUGCACGCCGCAGAUCCUCUGCUCACUCUUACAAAUAGCGCGGCCAUACAGAGUUGACGGUCUUUUAGAAGCUGUUGUCGAGCGUCUACAUGCCCUUCUCGAUAGUAGGAAUGCGGCGGCGGUGUUCAACGCGACGGCCAUGGCUGCUGGUGGUGGCCGCGGCAUCGAUGGAUCCCUCAAUCCCAACUUUUUCGUUGGCAGUCUUGAUCCGGUGGGAUCUCCAGUCUCUACAUCCGACUUCUCUCUCAGUACCACCACCACCAACGAUUCUUCUUUCGGCUCAGACCUGAAUUCACGUACAGCAAGCCUGAGUCUAAACUCAACUCUCAACACAUCCUACGCCUCAAGCGGCGAUGUUUCUGCUGCAACAAGCGCGAGUGGAUCUGAGUGGGGAUCUGAGAUUGGCGAUAAUGACCGUGACGGCGUCAUCUGGAAUGGAGAGCUUAGCAGCGUCAUUGGCCUACAAAAGCGAGGCCUUCGAGGUCUGAUGGAAGGCCGAAGAAUGAGAGAGAGGACUGGCACGGGAACUGGUGGCGCGGCAGGCAUGGGAGCGAGUGGGAUCGCUGCAAACUAUGGAGGUCAAGCCGGCGGCCAGCGAGUGGGAUUGGGAAUCGCAGGCCCAUGA